AUGCCUGUGUUUUACAUCAAUAUGCUCUUGUUGCUUGACGACAAGCAACAUGCAGAGUUUGGAGAUGUAAAUCAUCCAUCGAAUGCCUUUUCUCACUGGGUGGAGUGGGCUAUAAGGAUCCCACGAGAUUUCAAGACCAUCACUGAUGCCAUUAACUACAUCCAUACUGGGAACACCAAGCGUGUCAUUGUCUAUAUUGGAGGUGCAAAUUAUAAUGAGAAAAUCAAAAUUGAGAGGACAAUGCCUUUUAUGACAUUAUAUGGGGCACCAGGGAACAUGCCAAACUUGACCUUUGGUGGUACUGCAGAAAAAUAUGGUACUGUUGACAGUGCUACAUUGAUUGUUGAAUCAGAUUGCUUCGUGGCUGCUAACAUCAUUAUCUCGAUUUGUAAUUUAGCACCAAGACCUGAUGGAGAGAGAUCAGGAGCCCAAGCGGUUGCGUUGAGAAUUUCUGGUGACAAAGCAGCAUUUUAUAAUUGCAAGCUAUUUGGAUUCUAA